AUCAGGUGAUCCUCUAUCUACGAAGCGUAGGCUGACGGGUGAAAAUGCAAAAUGACAUAUAGCAAAUGUCGGAGCAUAAUUCAUUCACAUUUUCGGAUUAAAUUCGAAUUUAGAUCACAUCGCUGGAGCUCCGAUGUUACGAUGGCGCGUUAGGACUGCUGAUUUGACGUGGUUUUUGAUAUUUUAAUUUAUGAAAAGUCCAAUUGACAGACAUAUAUUGGUUUCAACAUGGGGCUGUGCUACAGUUUGCGUCCCCGGCUCUUUGGGGACAUAAGCGGGUCUAUUUCCAACGCUAACUCGGACUCGGAUCAGCCUCCAGACACAGCUGUACCUCCGCGCGCCGGGGGAGCCCGUGGAGAGGACACAGGGGGAUGUGGCGAGACAUCGUCGCUCCGCGGUGGAGGCAAAGUACGCCAAGGGGACACCGCUAAGCUCCCGGCCGGGGAGCUCCGCCGUGGAGAUGGCACUGAUGCUGUGCUCAUACAAAACGGGGGUGGCGGAGGAGCGGGAAAGGGAUCGGGAAAGGACCGUAGUCGACGCCUGCCGUUGCUGCAGAAGACGAGCACCCAAAAGCAAAAGAAUUGGGACAAAUUUGUCGUGGAGGAAAAGGAGGCCGAGAAGGAGGCGAAGAAAGUCAGUAAGAGCAUUGACAGGGUGCUCAAGGAGCUCAAACGGGAGUAUAAACAGACGCAUCGACUGCUAUUACUCGGUGCGGGUGAGUCCGGAAAAAGCACCAUUGUGAAGCAGAUGAGGAUUCUACACGUCAACGGCUUCAACGCAGAAGAAAAGAAACUGAAAAUACAAGAUAUACGAAAAAACGUUAAGGAUGCCAUAGUGACGAUAGUGUCGGCAAUGAGCACUUUGAUACCCCCAGUCCCGCUAGCUAAUCCAGAUGACCAAUUCAGAAUUGAGUACAUCAAAAGCAUAGCUCCUCUCUCCGACUUUGACUAUUCACAGGAGUUCUUUGACCAUGCGAAGAAACUGUGGGACGACGAGGGAGUAAAAGCGUGCUUCGAGAGGUCCAACGAGUACCAGCUCAUUGACUGCGCACAAUAUUUCCUGGACAGAAUUGACUCCGUAAGACAGAGUGAAUACACACCGACGGACCAGGACCUGCUACGCUGCCGAGUGUUGACUUCAGGGAUUUUUGAGACGAGGUUCCAAGUAGACAAAGUCAAUUUUCACAUGUUCGAUGUUGGGGGCCAGAGAGAUGAGAGGAGGAAAUGGAUCCAGUGCUUUAACGACGUGACUGCGAUCAUCUUCGUGGUGGCCAGCAGCAGCUACAACAUGGUAAUAAGGGAAGACAACGACACAAACCGGCUACGGGAAGCUCUGGACCUCUUCCGCAGUAUUUGGAACAACAGGUGGUUACGCACUAUAUCGGUCAUCCUAUUCCUGAACAAGCAGGAUAUGCUGGCUGAAAAAGUAUUAGCUGGGAAAUCCAAAAUCGAAGACUACUUCCCUGAAUACGCUCGCUACACCAUACCAAAUGAAGCAACUCCUGAACCAGGUGAAGACCCGAAAGUAACGAGAGCUAAGUUCUUCAUCCGCGAUGAGUUUCUCCGGAUCAGCACGGCGAGCGGCGACGGCAGACACUACUGCUACCCCCACUUCACGUGCGCCGUGGACACCGAGAACAUCCGCCGCGUCUUCAACGACUGCCGGGACAUCAUCCAGCGCAUGCACCUGAGGCAGUACGAGCUCUUGUGAUGCACCGUGGGGGGAAACGACGCGUCCGGGCAAGGGGCGGCCUUCACACACUUUUUAAAAAUAGUUUUUGUUUUCUUUUGACCUUUCUUUUUAAAAGAAAUUUCUCCGUCGCUUUACCCCCCCCCCCCCCACC